AUGAUCAAGCAGACAAACCCUGGUACAGGCAGCUUGAAAUCUGAUGACGUGAAGACCAGACUUCGCAUUCGAACGCUGCCACGGGAAUGCAACCCAACACCAGCUUUAGGAGAUAUAUUGAGCCCUAGUGCGUCAGGGUCGCUGUUUUCAGUAUCUCCGAUGAACAAGCAUAUCAACAAAAACAGGAGAAGGGACAGUAUCCAACUCGACAACCCAUUUGACGACAUCACAGAAGAGAAAUUAAGACAACUGUCCAAAAUGUCUAAUCUUGAGCGUGUGACCUCGCUGCAUAUCUCUAUUGAUUCCGAGAAACAAUCAGUUGAAGUUAUUGGUGAACUCUUGCCGUCACUUCAACAAUUACACUUUCAGCAAAGCAGCCUUCGAAGCUUUCGGGAUCUCGGCACUUCACUUCGCUCACUGCGCGUUUUGUGGGCUGCGCAAUGCCAAAUAUCGAAUUUGGACGGUAUUGGAGCGCUGAUGAAUCUGCAAGAGCUGUACUUGCAGCACAACAAUGUAAACGAUGUCAGCCCUUUGACGAUGCACGAUGAAAUUGGUAUCAUCGAUCUCGAAGGAAAUCAAAUGACAGAAUUUCGACAAAUUGAGCAAUUAGCCUUCUGCUUACAACUUAGAUCAUUGAAAUUGGCGGGAAAUCCAAUUGAAACAGUUAAGCAGUACCGUCAGAUUGUUGCCAAUUUCUUGCCGCAACUCGUGAAAUUCGAUGACAAGAUCGUUUGUGACAGCGAACGAGCUAGACUAUCAGAAUCGGAACUUGACGCCAUCAUUCAGAUCAAAGCAGAUAAAUCAAUUAGUGAAGCGGCAAAGAGCUUGGAGGAAAUGCCGCCAGACAAGAAUUUAAAGUUUUUUCAAUAUUCAAGCAAGACAAGUCCGCACGAUCUUCGUGCCGAUGACUCGGGAAGUCGACUUACCCAUGGAACUGACAUUGUGUUUGCUGGCAACGUUUCGAGCGCAUUGCGGCGGCACCGACAUGAAGCUGAGGUUGAUUUUUCCCACCGUUUCUGUCAGUCUACAAGGAGCUUCUCUCACGUUUCAAGUGGUGGUGGUGGGUACUCUCGUUUUUUUUUAAAUCAUGAAAAAUAUGAUCGUCAUGAGACCCAAGCAGGAAGAAUCUCAAUUACUGAUACUCUUGAUAAGGCAAAAGAGCUCGAUACUCAAAAGUACAAGUCGCGUGACGCACUUAUCGAAGAGCUAAAGACGUGGCAGCUAGACAGUGCUGUAACGUCUCAAGUUGGCAUUUGUCUUGUCGUUGAGGAAGCUAUGUCUUCGGAAGAUAUUACAUUUAAUCGCAGCAAAAGUUGUCGUAAAAACAGUAUCGACAUUAUUGCUCAUAGUGACCCGCGAGUAAAGAGCGUGCCCAACUCGUCGUAUGGCGUCUUGCGCCAUGGGUCUCUAGUUCGAGAAGCCUUUGUUGAUUAUGCAAGAGACUUCAGGCCAGAUUUACGUAGUGAAACAAAUAAGCAGCGAGAUGUAGACAUUCUCGCUUUUGGAGGCAGUGGUGGUAAGCGACAGUGCUUGCCGUCAGAGACACCGAGGGCGAAAAUGUUUAACUGUACCAAGGCUUUAGGACAUCACCACGACUGGAAUUUAGAAGUGCUUUCCCCGACUGUAGAUCUUUCUAAUGCGAAUCGCUAUUUACCCACUUCACUAAGCAGAAAACAACAACUUGAGCGUUUCUCGGUCUCUCAUCAAAAAGAUGUAGUCAGAUCUGGCUCUAUCGGCAGCGACGCUGACGACGACGUAUAUAGGUUACGCCUAUGCCCAGCUAUACUGACAAAAGUGGUCAGUCCAACAUUAGCCCCACGAAAGAUAUUUUUUAACGUGGUUGAAAGUCUUCAUGCGAUCGAAAAGUGGCGUGACGAGCUGGAUCUUAACACAAACGAAGAGGGCCUCAACUUGCGGGCAGGUCUUGAGGAAAAAUGUCAUGUCUCGUGCAACAACGUUGAGCUUUUUCAGGCAACCUCAGGUGCCAGGAAUCAGCAAACGGCACAAAAAAAAUUGGGAUUACUACUUGGUCCUGGCAAUCGCGAGACUGAUCAUAACCUUGUUUGGCGGCUGAGGGAACGACAUGACCAACUUAGAUCUCGAGAGGGCUUCCGAUCCUAUUUUUAUGGUAUCGAGAAAAAGCGCCUGGAAAAUGUCUUACGUCAGGCCUUUGAUGACCAAGACAAGAGCCCAGCUUCAUCUCCCCCACACGGUGUCAUGUCCGACAGUGUCUCCGCGGUUUCGAGUGAUGUAGAUCCUAGGCUCGAUGAGCCCGAGCGUCGCGCUACGCGCAAGCUAAUGGUGACGAGUGACCUCGUUGGGGAUGUGGAGGUGAUCGACUACGAGUCUGACACUUCUUUUUCCGGAUGGAAUGACGAAGAAAGCAAGCCGCAAUAG